AUGCUUCACUCAGACGAAGGAAAUAGAUUGUUUAAAGAACAUAAAAAGACAAUAGAACUUGUGGGUACAGCUUUCGGAAUCAAAAAUAUCACCCUGUUGGAUACGUGGAGAAUCGGUGAUGACCUCUUCUGCCUGAGAUCCCACAAUGCCACUCUCCCAAAAUGGUACACACAAGACGUGGUCAAAGAACUUGACUCACUAAAAGAUCGGCUUUUCUGGUUAUUCUUCACUGACCAAGAGAUCCUUAAACUAGUGGCCGGUGUAUUUCUAAAGGAUGCAUUUGAUCGGUUGGACGAUUGCGUCUAUAAAAGCACAAGCGAAUCCUCCUGCUCAGAAAGUCUUUUCGCUUACUCCGCGCAUGAUACCAACGUCGCUGCACUGCUGGGCGCGCUAGGCGCCUACACCGCAGAGGACAGGCCGCAGUAUGCUGCUCUUGUCACAGUGGAGUUAUUAGCCCCCUCCGCCUCCGAUGUCCCUCCUGACGGUGGCUACCUGUUGCGUCUGCACUACAAGCGUGGGUGGAGGGACGAGACGGGCUCAUACGUGCAAUUCGGUGCGUGUCGCGACCGUGAGGCGAAGGAGGGUUGCGCUUUUGCACUGGUGCGCGAGUCGGUAGCAGCGUUAUUCUUGACCCCGGAGAAGGCCGAAGAGGCCUGCAAGGCGGAGUGGCUACCCUCGAGGUACCGGCUCAUCGUGGCAAUCACCCUUUCCACUUUCCUUGCUAUCCUAUUCGUCACCCUUGGGGCGGUCUACUGCGUGGUGUGGAGGCAGCGCUACUGGCAGUAUGGCCAACAAGGAGGCAACUUUGGGGUUGGUAGUCACUUGCCCUAUUCGCCGCUUGUCUCAUCACCAUCCACUGCCUAG